CACGGAGCAUGCGCACUUGUUCCGGUGCUCUAGAAGAUUCUCUUCGCUGUUUCUCAAGCUUGCACUCGUACCUCUUCGCCUAACAAGCCCGAAAAUGAGCUGGGACUCAUACAUCGACAACUUGAUUGCCCAGUCAAAGGAUGCGAGCGGUGCAUUUCACGUAUCGAAGGCGUGCAUUAUCGGUAUAGACGGCGGCGCAAAGUGGACGACAGACGGUCAUGCUAACGCAUUUAAGAUCACACCAGACGAAGGAGCUAAGAUUGCAAGGGCUAUGAAAUCGAAAGAUUUUACAACCUUCCAAGCGUCGGGAGUGCAUUGUGAGGCGGUCAAAUAUCAGUUUUUGAGAGAAGAAGAGGGGAAAGUAGUAUAUGCCAAGAAAAAAGGAGUCGGCGCAAUUACUAUUCAAGCCAGCAAGACGGGAGUCGUCAUUGCGUUUUGUCCAGAAGGUUCUCAACAGGGCAAUUGCAACAAAGCGGUGAAUGUAAUUGCCGAUUAUUUGGAAUCGUUGGGCAUGUGAAGAUCUUGCGAGCGGGCUUUCACAAAGACAUGUUAGUCAAGGAAUUGGAAUUGAGUAGUAUUUAGUGUUGAGUAACUGUUGUGUGUUAGUGUUGGAAACGGCGUCACUGUUGUUUUUAGUGAAUAAACUGAGUGUUUACAGUUGAGACAUGUUCAUGUUUGGGCAGUGGGAUACACUCUUUUGAUUAAUCUGUGA